GGUGGUCGUGACGUCACGCUCUGGUUCCUGCAGGCUCGGGCCGCAGUUCGUUGAGAAGAGGAUCUGAGCAACUAACCAACCGAACUAACUAGUCCUCCAGUCUCCACCGAUCUGCAGCCGCCUGAUCCAGACCGAUCAACGACAUGGGGAACUGUCAGCCAACAAUCGUGCCUUACGAGGACUUUGAUGUCAUGAAGGACAUCAAGGCCAUCCGCAAGGCCUGCAAAGGGUUCGGAACUGAUGAACAGGCCAUUAUUGACAUUCUGGCAAACCGCGGCGCUUUUCAGCGUCAGGAGAUCAAACAGGCUUAUUGUGACAAGUAUGACGAUGAGCUGGUGGACGUCCUGAAGAGCGAGUUGACUGGAAACUUCGAGAAGGCCAUCAUCGCCAUGCUGGACACGCCCCUCGUCUACGCCGUGAAGGAGCUGAGGAAGGCGAUGAAGGGGGCGGGAACCGACGAAGAUGUGCUGGUGGAAAUCCUCUGCACGGCCACCAACGAAGACAUCGCCAUGUUCAAGGAAUGCUACUUUCAGGUGCAUGAACGGGACCUGGAAGCCGAUAUCGAGGGCGACACGAGCGGAGACGUUAGGAAACUCCUCACGGCUCUGAUGCAGGGCGAGCGAGACGAGAGCUACGAGGUGGACGAGGAACUUGCCGAACAAGAUGCCACUGCCCUGUUUGAGGCCGGCGAGGGCGGCUUCGGGACAGAUGAGUCGACCUUCAGCCACAUUCUGGCCUCCAGGAACUACCUCCAGCUCCAGGCCACGUUCAAGGCAUAUGAGCAGCUCUCGGGAACUGAAAUCCUGGACGCCAUCCAGAACGAGACUUCUGGGACUCUGAAGAAAUGCUACGUUGCUCUCGUGAGAGUCGCUAAGAAUCCUCAGCUCUACUUCGCCCGGCGUCUGAACAAGGCGAUGAAAGGAGCAGGAACUGAUGAGGACACGCUCAUCCGCAUCAUCGUGUGUCGCGCUGAGUUUGACCUGGAGACCAUCAAAGACUUGUACCUGGAGAAGUACGACGUGUCCCUGAAGGACGCCCUGAGGGACGAGUGCGGCGGUGACUUCAAGCGCCUCCUCCUGGCCAUCUGCCACUGAGAGACGCAGGCACAGCAUCAAGGGGGGGAAAGACGGAGACGGCAGAAGACGUGUGUCCCGACGUCGCUGCUGUCCUCUGUCCUAAACACACUAACAAACACUGCUCGGCCUCCAUGUGGCGUGGGGAGCAGGAGGGUGGAGCUGACGGAGGAAGUAACCCGGCUCAUGUCUCGUCCAAACUGAGUGCAUGUGGGUAACUCUGUGUUUUUUACUUUCACAGAAAUCAAAGUGUAUUUCCUUUUCUAUCACUGUGUCCGUCAAUCGCUGCCAGUUUCCUAUCGUCUGUUUUUAACCUUUCACUUCUUAACACCUUUUACAGCAUUUUACACAGUGACCAGUUAUUUUCAGUCACCGUAAACAAGCACCAAGUUUUAUUACCGGAGUGAACUGUAGUCACGCUGAUGUGAUUGUACCGAUGUGAUCAGGUGAUUCAAGACUUGGUAGAAUGAAUCUAAUCUAAAGCUAAAGCCAGAGUGAGACCUGCUGCUGCAAAUAUACAAUCUACACAGUAUAGAGUAUUUAAGAAAAGAGAAGAAGAGGAGGAAAAACAUAGAAGAAAUGUACUUUUUAAUAUUUUGCAUUUCGAGAAUAAAGUAUAAAUGAGUCUAAAUCUCAACAAAUGUGUCAAUCAUGACGUUUCACUUGUUUUUAUAAAAUCAAAUUACUAAUUAAAACCAAAAUAACAGAACAUAUCUUUGAGAAAAAAACAUAUUUAACAUGUACUAUGUCCUUUUCCCUUGUUCUAACAUGGGGGAGGUUAAGGGCCUAUACUGCAGCCAACCACCAGAGGGCCAGUCAUGUCAUCCAUCUUUAGGUCCAGACUAUGUCCUGGCCCUUACACUCUCCUAUAACCUACAAUUCAUACUUAGUGUUAUAUAUUUACCAUCGUAUAAGUAUUACAUGUCUAUAACUAAAUAAUUCUCUAUUAAUGCUUAGUUAUUCCCCCCCGGGGCCGUUUCCUUUCACCCUCUAACUCCAGUGACUGUUAAACUUUGUCUGCUGUUGAAACGAUUGAAGCUUUGAAUUGAAGAAAUGUGAACGUGUGUUUGGAGGAACAUCAGCCGGGAUCAUGAAGGAAGUGAGAUGUUAUGUGAAUGGAUGAGUGGAGAGAAAAACAGAUGAUAUAUUUUAUUAGUUGCUUAUUGAGAGAAACUCUACAUUGAUUUACGAUAUGUUGCAUUUUUAUCCAGUACAACUAUAAAAACUUGACAAAUCCAAAUAAACCUCAAUCUUGAUGUGAUUUUUUUUUAAUUUUCCACCUAACACAGUAGACGUUUUAAUAUAUAGCUUUAUUUAGCGGACUGUUUCAAGUAGGCCAGAGGUUAUAUACCAGAGGAGAAACCUGACUCAACGUCUGUUUCUUUUGUGUCUAUAUAAGGCAGCUGAGAUUUGUUGAAAUGACCACUAUUGUCAAACAGUUUGCAAAAGUAGAUACACAAGUAAAUGACGUCAGUGUGGUCGUGGGAUUAUUGUUUCACUCUCUGUAGCCAAAGACUUUUAGUUUCACUGCAAAUAAAAAAGGCCUGUAACUUCA